CUUGUUUGUGAGGAGGGGAGUGGCGACGGUCGGAGCGCGUGCGGUGGCUGUUGGCGCUGCGCGGACCCGCAGUGAAGGCAGUCCCAGUCCAGCCCGAGCUCGAGCCCGGGCGGGAGAGAACACAGAUCGUGAGAUGGCGAGCGAGGUUAUCAUGUUAGCGAGGGGCCUCGCCAAGUUGAGCCAGGCCAUCGUGGAAAUGCAGAGCGCCCAGCUGCGUCAGGCCAUAUCUGGAGGCGAGUCACUGUCUGCACUCAGGAGCUGGCAGGUGCUCACCGAAGAAAGCUUCAGUGCGGCUGUGGGGAAGGUCCAGGAUCUCGGCACACAACAGGAACGCAUCUCACAGCUGGAUGAAGAUUUGUCUUCGGAAUGGAAUCUCUCCAGCCCGGAGUCCUGGGCACUGGGAACAGAUUGCUCCUCCGUCCCCACCGUAGCCUCUCGGGGACCAUCAGGCCCUAACCCACCGUCUUCGUCCGACCAGGUGCAGGGGAUCACGGGGGAGGGGAGGCUUUUUACCGAUAGACACCAGGACACUAACAGGUUGUUUUCGGGGCUGGGACAGAGGAGAGCAUUUCACCAGGACCACGGUUCGGUUGGGGGCUUGACUGCCGAAGACAUUGAGAAAGCCAGAGAGGCGAAAGUCAAUCCCACGGACAAACCUCACCGACAGAUGCUGAGUGAGCGAGCUCGCGAGCGGAAGGUGCCGGCAACGCGGAUUGGGCGAUUGGCCAAUUUUGGAGGUUUGGCUGUUGGUCUCGGAAUUGGUGCCCUGGCAGAAGUGGCCAAAAAGAGCUGGAGGCAUGAAGACCGAACAGCAGGAGGAAAGGCAGUGACGGACGGCAGCCCCUUCCUAUCAGAGGCCAAUGCAGAACGAAUUGUUAACACCUUGUGUAAGGUGCGAGGAGCUGCCCUGAAGCUGGGUCAGAUGCUCAGUAUUCAAGAUGACGCCUUCAUCAACCCACAGCUGCAGAAGAUCUUUGAGCGUGUGCGACAGAGUGCUGACUUCAUGCCUACGAAGCAGAUGUUGAAGGUGCUGAGCAAUGAUCUGGGUCCCGGCUGGAGAGAUUUGCUGGAGUUUUUCGAGGAGAGGCCUUUCGCUGCAGCAUCCAUCGGGCAGGUUCAUCUGGCAAAGCUGAAGGACGGGAGAGAAGUGGCCAUGAAAAUCCAGUACCCUGGAGUGGCUCAGAGCAUUGGCAGUGAUGUGGACAAUCUGAUAACUGUGUUGAACAUGAGUAAUGCACUCCCUGAAGGUCUGUUCCCUGAGCACGUGGUGGAUGUGAUGAGUCGCGAGCUGUCCCUGGAGUGCGAUUAUGAAAGGGAAGCUGCCUGUUACAAGCAGUUCAGGGAGCUUGUGAAAGAUGAUCCCUAUUUUUAUGUCCCGACUGUGAUUGAUGCGCUGAGCAACAGGCACGUGCUGACCACUGAGCUGGUGCCUGGAUUCCCCCUGGACAAGGCUGAGAACCUGAGCCAGGAGAUCAGGAACGAGAUCAGCUACAACAUCCUGCGUCUGUGCCUCAGGGAGCUUUUCGAGUUCCGCUUCAUGCAGACAGACCCCAAUUGGUCCAAUUUCUUCUAUGACCCUGAGACCCAUAAGGUGGCGCUGCUGGACUUUGGAGCAACCAGAGGCUUUGAUGAAGAUUUCACCAACCAUUAUAUAGAGGUGAUUCGGGCUGCAGCCAAUGGAGACAGAGAGAAGGUGCUGAAUAAAUCAAUUGAGAUGAAAUUUCUGACUGGCUAUGAGACUAAGACAAUGAAAAAUGCUCACGUUAACGCAGUGAUGAUUUUGGGAGAAGCUUUUGCCUCGAGCGAGUUGUUUGAUUUUGGGGCUCAGAGCACAACCAAGCGCAUUCACGGCCUGAUCCCCAUCAUGCUGAGGCAGCGGCUCAUCCCACCCCCGGAGGAAACCUACUCCCUUCAUCGUAAAAUGGCAGGCUCCUUCCUGAUCUGUGCCAAGCUACAGGCCAAGGUGUCUUGCAAGGAUUUGUUUGAGGCUGCCUAUGCCAAUUACUGGAGCAAACAGUCUAACAAAGGCACCAGCAACCAAUGAGGAGAGUGACCCAGGGAGACAGAGACAGGAAAGACAGGUGGUUGGACCAGUUGGUCAAAGUAUUCCUAAUUAGAGAGCUGGUCCAAACGUUACCAGUUAAUAGUCACUAGACUUGACAGUAAUCGCCAGUGAAGCGCUUUGAGGAGUUCCGACAUGAAAAGGCGCUGUAUUAAAUGUGAGCAUUAUUUUUCAAACAUUUCUUCAUCCCAUUUCCUGUUUAAAGGAAUUGUGGCUACAAAGAUACAAGGUACUGCAUGAGUGAUGCAGUGAAUCUUUGAUGGAAAAAGUUUUUUUCUCAGUGGGCAUACAUACAUAGGGGAAAUUUAUUGUAUUAAAAAAAUCUGAAUUUGUACGAUACUGCAGUGAGAAAAUAAUAAGUUACUGGAUAAUUUUAGUGGGAAUGGGGUUCAUAAUAGGGUGGGGGGGGGCAGGGAGAGGAAGGGGAAAAGAUUUGCAAAGGAUUCAGAAAUAGACCGUCACCCUGGCCUCAGGAACUCCACUCUGAAUAAUUUCAGACAAGCUGAUGUCAGAGUUCCUGUGGGGUUAAUGGUGGGUUUGGAUAGAUAGGAUCUGCUGCAAAUCCAGGCUGCAAAUUGCGUGUCUUAGAUCUCAGUGCACAAUGACAUUUUUUUAUUACCUGCUACUACGCUGAUUCAAUAAAAGCAAGCUGGUGGUUUAAA